AUGAAUCAAGUUGCAAGUAUGGAAAGCAAACUUCCACGUGUUCCUAAUUGCUGCUUCUUUGUUCCUCUUCGAAUUGGUGCAUUGAUUGUUUCAGUAUGGAUGUUAAUCUGGUUUGCUUAUACUGGAGUAGUAGUCUUACUUACUUCAUUAGGCUCCUCCAUCGCUUACACCAUCUUCUGGAAAGCUCUUGGUGCCUGUUACAUUAUAUUAGCUGUGGGUGCAUUUUAUGGUGCUCAUGCUAUCUACUAUCAGAUUCCACAUCGUGUAGCCACAUUCGUCCGUGUAUAUCUCAUCGCCUUCAUCUUCUAUAUUGUGGCCAAUAUCGCUUUCCUCGUUGUUGUAGAGAUCGCCACGUCUGCUGCCUUGGCUGAUGCCAAAGCUCGAUGUGAAAAAGCUUAUCAAGAUGCUGGUCAACCUAUCGGUAACUGUGAUGUCUAUACUAACGGUGUUGGUUAUAGCAUUGUUGGUUGGAUUAUUCCAUUCAUUAUCGGCACUUUGUGGCAAAGUAAUAGCGAGUUAACACCUAAAUAG